AUGCGUGGCUCCUAUUACUUUGUGAUUGUUAGCCAUGAGGACUAUCUCAUUUUCGAACUCGCGCAGCCCGGUGCACCCAAAGCAUUAGAGCAAAAGGUGAGCUUUUAUCCCCUUACUCACAAAGUUCAGAUUGAUCUAAAUUAUCUAACCCAGUUUGUUGCCCACGCAUCUCUGGAUAUGGUCGAUGAAAACAUGUGGAACACGCCCUCUACCUAUUUAAAGGUAGUUGACAGAUUUAACGACUGGCUAGUGUCGGCCUUCGUCACACCAGCAGAUAUCCUCUUCGCCUAACAGGCAAAUUAUUCGAAAAUAUUUUGGUUAUACUUUUCUGUCUUACACUACGGGCUUUUAAAGCUCGCACAAGUACACUUAGCUGUCUCGUAUGGGCCCAUUCCUACUACAGAUAAAUGAAUUUGAAUUGCCGGCCCGCCCUUUAAUGUUUUAUACCCCCUCCCCCCCCCCAAAUCAUGCCUGAGGCACUCAUCAAGCAUACCGGAUCGUAGGUUGUUCGUGGAGCUUUCUAGGGGAGUUGUCUGUGUGCUGCCAACUAACAUAGCCCGGUAAUGCAUUAAUCGCGCCACUGACAAUAAUCGACCCCAAUUGUGCUAGAGAACAUUUAUGCCCACCGGGCACCGCUUUGCCAUAGCGUCCUGUGAACGCGUUUUUGUAUGCUCUGGCCACUUGGGGUAUGGUGUGCGGGUCCGGCCGCGCCAGACCCAUGUGCCCUCCCCGCCUUCGGUCUUCUUGACUCUGUCUUGAAACCGGGUCCAAAUGGGAGAGGGGAGAGUGCGGUAGAUACUGCGCAAGCCCACUAUCACUUAAACUAACUCACGCGCGAGUCACCGUGCCUGCUGCACCUUGCCAUGUAGCACACGGUGGACAUUGUCGGAGUGGACGGCCGAACUGUCGUGUGCUCUGGCCGAAAAGGCACCGUUCGGACUGGUCACUCGACACUAUUUAGUCUGCCUAAUAGGUCAGAGAUCGGUGGUUAAUCCUUCAUAGGCAACUUCUGUACAAGCUAUCUAGCAUACAUCCAAGUUUUACCGGCCACCGCCUACAUAAUCAAUGGCUCUUUGAUAUACCUUGUUGGACUCCAACAUACCCGUCUCUACAGCAGGCAUCUGACACGACUCACCAACACAACCCCUGACGAUUCUAAUGCCAGAGAAACCCCAGGUUGUGCGUCUAUGUAUGCCUAAAAUGCACCUGCACGAACUCCCAGAUGCCCAUCUUUGAAGAAUAUAUCGAAAGUUGCGUCGUAAGUCAUCACCCUAUCUGGCUGAACAUGGACUAUGUGGAAAACUUGCAAGACGCCUACUGUUGAAGAUGUUGCCGAUCCAAGUUGGCUCAGAAACGUGGUAAAGAGUAGAGCCAAAAAUGCAUCUGGCUUCUUUCUCAAUUGGCUCGGGACAUUUCGUGAGCCGUUUCCUCUUACUAGACACAUCCCCACGGACGAUGACUCCCUUAGGUCAUAUUCCCGACUUAAUUAGCUCCUUGAUCGAAGUUUCUGCCUGCCCCCGCGACAGGUGAUUGCACUAACGUUGCCGUGGGGAAAUGUUACUGUUAUCAUGCUUAUCACCAAUGUUUGUAAGCGAAUAUGCCCGUCAAAGCUGCUGCCGCAAUUUACCUCGAGUUUCUGCGUCCACCAAAAACGCGAAAGUUUUUCAGCCGAUCCUCCUUAACGCUCUCACACGACUCAGAUUCCUUCUUCUUCACGAAGAAGCCAAUGAAGAGAGAAUACGCAUUUUCUUCCAAGAAGUCUAUGAGGCGUAUGUCCGGGUAGGUGUCCACCUUUAAUCGAAACUCUUCAGCUGUCCAUGA